ACCUCCAAGGUGAACAUAAGCCCUUGUGUCCGUCCCUGCUUCUCCCUCCUCGCCCUGCAUCUCUUCCUCCUCUUCCUCCGCGCUCUUUUCGCGGUGUGCGCGCUGGAGGCUCGGCCCGUCGCGCGGCACCAGGAAAUGGAGGAGCGGCGGUCUCGACGAGCGUGAGGCUGCAGAACUGGGAGGAGACACAGGCGACCAGCAGACGGCAACAGGGCACAACUUCCAGCACCGCGAGCAUCAGCCGGUGAAGAUGAGCGACGCAAAUCAGCCCAAAGUUGAACUUUUUGUGAAGGCGGGGAGUGACGGUCAGAGCAUCGGCAACUGUCCUUUCUCUCAGCGUCUCUUCAUGGUGCUGUGGUUGAAAGGAGUCACCUUCGACGUUACCACGGUGGAUAUGAAAAGGAAGCCAGACAUCUUGAAGGACCUCGCGCCUGGCGCUCAGCCUCCCUUCCUGUUGUACGGCAGCGAGGUGAAAACAGACACCAACAAGAUUGAGGAGUUCCUGGAGGAGAACCUCUGCCCUCCGAAGUAUCCUCGUCUGGCCGCUCGUAACCCAGAGUCCAACACAGCGGGAAUGGAUGUCUUCUCCAAAUUCUCCGCUUACAUCAAGAACUCAAACCCUGCGGCCAAUGAAAAUCUAGAGAAGGGACUGCUGAAGGCUCUGAAGAAGCUGGAUGACUACCUCGGUGCCCCUCUUCCAGACGAGAUCGACGAGAAUAGCUCUGAUGAAGUCAUUUCCUCGUGCCGCCCCUUCCUGGAUGGCCAAGCGCUCACUCUAGCUGAUUGCAACCUGCUGCCUAAGCUCCACAUUGUGAAGGUGGUGUGUUUGAAAUACCGAAGCUUCAGCAUCCCAGAGUCUCUAGCAAACCUCUGGAGGUACCUGAAGGCUGCGUACGCCCGGGAGGAGUUUGCCUCCACCUGCCCGCUCGAUGAGGAGAUCCACAUCGCUUACUCCUCUGUAGCUAAAGCUCUCAAGUAGGACGACAGCAGGACACACAAUUCACAACUACACCAGCAGAUCAACAUACACAUACACACCUGCAAACAGCUCUGCAAGCAACUUGGUUGAUCUGUUCCUCUGUUCUGACAGAUUUUGAGCUCUGCAUUCAGUUUGCAGGGUCAUUUCCUGCAUCUUGAUAUUACCCUCGUUAGAUCGUCCCGAUUAUGGUUUCAAACUAUUCUUCUGCACAAGGUUUGGAUUUGUAGUUUUUCCCAAAGGAACACUGUGCUUUUUGUUUGCCUGGUGGAUCAGUUUACAUAGGGAAACAAGGUAGUGUCUGAGUGAGAUAAGCUGAUAUGAAAGCAAACCCACACAGAGAAAAGUUCAGCCGUUGCUACGUUCAUAUUGGUCACAUGCUCCUCUCGGAGACUGAUGAACCUCUGGUUACUUGUUGAUCAUGUUGCUUGCAGACACACACACACACACACACACAUUUACAGUAGAUGCACACCUACACACACAAACUGCUGCCUUGCUUGUGUACAGUUUCACCGUCAGCAGAUACACAAUGCAAUAUUUAGGACUGGUUCGGUAAUGACAGUUGCUACAGUAACACCUCCCCCACUCCCCAGUAAAUUCAGAGCUGCCUAUGAGAUCACACCUGAUUUAAGUCUUAUUUUCAGUCUUGGUUAUAUCUUUUAGGUGACAAACAUGCAUACACCUACCAAAGUGUCUUUUGUGUGCAAUCAUAUUUGCACAUUCACAUUGUUUAAUUACUGAAGGAACAAAGCCUUUUACAGAUUUUUUUUAUUAUUGCCAGCAUUUAUUUAAAUGUAAGCUUAGUUUUCUCACAGUGCACCUCAGAGAGUAAGGGGGGCAGAACGGGUCUCGCUACAGGGACUCAGAACUGAAAACAGUUGCAGAGACAGGAAACUAUUUCAGUAGACUCAGGCUUCCUCUUUCUGUGCUCCCACAGUAGGCAUGAAGGGUUACUCACAGUUACCGAGCUUGUUUGUGACCCACUGUAGGGGCCUCUUGCCAACAGUUAGGUUUGUUCUGCCUGUCAACUAUGAAGGACUUAGUGUUAUCUAAACGAGUGAGAUCAUGUGUGUUUACUGACGUUGUUUUAAUCAGGUCGUGUGUGUACUGACGUUGUUUUGACUGCUAAAGCAGCCGCCCUGCCUCCUCCAGUAGCCACACGGUACAAGGCCUGUUCUGAUGCAUACUGGGAAAAAAUAGUGUAAACAUGCACAAUGUUUAAAAUGAAAACAGAGUUGGUAACUUUAUAAUGUAGGCUGUUGUUAAUUCAAGGAUAAGGCUGGCAGUAUUCUAUAUUUUACUUACAUUGAACAAAUCCCAUGAAAAGACCCAAACCAACAAUGUGUUAGUUUGUCUCUCUCUCUCAGAUAAGUUUCAAGUAAAAAGGCCAAACCUCUGUUAGUUCCUACUUCUAAAAUGUGAGGACUUGACACCUCAUUUCUCUUAUUUCAUAGUAAAUUUGGGGUUUGGACUGAUGGUUAAAAAAAAAAAAACUAACACUUUGAAUACAUCUACACAUUAAUCAAUAAUGAAAAUAAUUGUUAGUUGCAACCAUAUUUUUGGCUUCAAUUUUUCUGUGGCAUUUUGCACCUAGACCAGCUACUAAAGACAAAUCUUUCAAAAUGGGAAACACAUAUAUAGUUUCAUUAGUUUUUUACUUUUCUUUUUUUGUAGUUUUCAUCAAACUGUGUACAUUUAUUGAACUAUUUUAGCUGUGGACAAAUACACAUUUGGAGCUCGACUCUUGUUAGUAUUUACAGCAGCAGAAGGGUGAAUGUGGGACUGACUGAACAUAAACUACGGUGCCCCUGUUCAUAAUAGAGUCCCAUUCAGCAUUGUUGGCACCAAUCAAGGUCUGUUAAUAAUGACACAUUGUACCUGCUACCUGAAUGUUUUGUACACCUGGUGAUGACAGGAUUCAGUCACUUCCAUCAGACCUGUCAAAUAACUUAACAUUGUCAUAGCCAUUGACCAUGACACAAACGAAAGGAGGAUAUGCAAAUUUCCAGCAAAAUAAUUUAUUUUUUUUAACAGGGAUAUGUUGCAUUGGCCUUGCUGUGAGAAAGGAGAGCUAUGCUGCCACACCUUCUGUAAAGCACAGUACAGAAGGGAUCCGUGUUUGUUCAGCUUUAUUUUAGCUUUAUAUUCCCAGAUCAGCUUGGGACAUCUGAACUUCACCGUGAAGGAGCAGGUCACACGGUGCCGAGGUGUGGCUCUGUGAUGUGUUUUUAGCCACGUUAGCAGCAUCAGGGAUGGCACUGUCAGUGUGUUUCCACUGCUGUAGAUAUUAGUUGGGUUGCCAUAAAACUGAGUGCAGACCUCAGUGGUGCAGACAUAAUGCAUGUGGCUCCCAGAGGAUGAAGUCAAGUUACUUGGGUGAUUUGACUUUUCCUUAAGACCAUGAGGAGGAUUUUUACUAAAAUUAUUCCACAGCUAUUGAAUGGAUUCCCAUAAAAUUUGGUCCAGACAUUCAUGUUCCCUUCAGGACAAAGUGUAAUAACUUUGGUGAUUCUCUGACUUUUUUUAUUCAGCACCCUUAUCAGGCUAAGUUUACAUUUGUCCAGUACUUUACUUUAUGACCAAAUACCUGCAGAGCUAAUGUUUAUGCCUGUUAGUCUCUGCAAUUUAGCUGUGUUUAGAGAUAAAUAGCAAACAUCAGCAGGAUAACAGGCUAAAAUAUGAUGAGCGUGAUAACUGCUAAGCAUCAGCACUGUUGCUCUUAACAUGCUGGUGUUAGCAUUUAGUUAACACCAGCUCUUAAUGAAAUGAAAUGGCAAGAAUGGAACUCAGUCGUUGCACAGAAAGACAAGCUAAAAUAUGUCUGUAUUUGGUGGUUUGGUCUUUUCAUAGGACGUUUUGACAGAUAUUUUAAAUAGCCUACUAGAUUUAUCUUCAGAUGAAUACAUGGUGAUUGUGUGCUGACACUUCACUGCCCUGUGUUGACUUUUGGGUUUAUCCACAGGUGGAAGGUUGCUGGUCUGAAAUUCUUGUAAACGUAACUUGAAAUUAGCUUGUUGAGAAGUAACAAUAACCCAGCUUGUCUCUCUCUAGUUAGGGCUCAUGUAGAGGAUUUUAUUAACUAUGCAAAAGAACAUUUUUAGGGGAUAUUUCUAGUUAAAACCUCAUUAAUUGGUAGCAAUGAAAGCAUCUUACAUUUUAGGUUUCUCAGAUCAGGGUGAAGGUCAACCUAAGUGUAAUUUAAACGGAUUGAAACAACAAGCUUGUACACAGUUUAAUUGUAUUAGAUACCCAGUGUGAGCACAGCUGGUUAUUUUUCUACAGAAGUUACAUUACACAAGUUCAUCCC